AGGGCAGUUUAUCCAACACUUUGAAUGAAAAGAACAGCUUUGCGAAAGCUCACAACACCAGAGGACGACACUCCUCUGUCACRAUGGACACGCCUACAAGGAGCUCAAAAAGGAGCCGUUUUUUUCGGGAUGAAGAGGAACCACCACAGCAGCGCAACCCAUCCAGAUCUCCUCGGAGGAGCCAGCGAGUCAGCACUACGCCACAGAAGUUUUCAAAUGUCAUGACGCCAGAUAAGAAAGCUUCACAGAAAAUCGGGCUGAGAUUAAGAAACCUCCUUAAACUACCCAAAGCUCACAAAUGGUGCAUCUAUGAAUGGUUUUAUUCCAAUAUUGACAGACCUCUUUUUGAAGGUGACAAUGAAUUCUGCUUGUGCCUCAAAGAGUCUUUUCCCAACCUGAAAACGAGGAAACUAACCCGAGUCGAGUGGGGAACAAUCAGGAGACUGAUGGGGAAGCCUCGACGGUGUUCCCCGGCGUUCUUUACCGAAGAGAGAACAGCGCUGAAACACAAGCGUCAGAAAAUGCGCCUUUUGCAGCAGAGAAAACUGUCGGACUUGUCGAACUGCAAAGACCUUCCUGAUGAAAUCCCUUUACCGCUCAUCAUAGGAACAAAAGUUACCGCUCGUCUCCGAGGCGUCCACGACGGGCUCUUCACGGGUCAGAUCGACGCCGUCGACACCAGCGCCGCGACGUAUCGCGUGACGUUUGACCGCAGUGGCCUGGGGACUCACACUGUGCCUGAUUAUGAAGUCUUGAGCAACGAACCCAAUGAGACCAUGCCUAUCUCAGCCUUCGCACAGAAGCAUCGGUCGACACGGUACAUGCAGAACCUCAUGACUCCGCCCAGAGGAACCUACACGUCUGUUACCACCCCUGUUCACAUGGACAACGAUCCUCUUCUGAACUCUUCACCAUGGAAGAACAAACUGCCCAGCGCUGAGGGAGAUACACUGGGAGGAUUUCCUGUUAAAUUCUUGGUCCAAGUUACGAGGUUGUCCAAAAUCCUCAUGAUCAAAAAAGAACACAUCAAGCACUUAAAAGAAAUGAACACAGAAGCUGAGAAACUGAAGUCGUACUCGUUGCCGAUUGACCUGGACUUUCAGAAGCGAUACGCUACCACGGUGCUGGAGCUGGAGCAGCUCAAUAAAGAUCUGAACAAAGUGCUUCAUGAAGUUCAGCAGUUUUGCUGUGAAUUGGCUCCAGAUCAGGGCAUGGUUCCAGCCGACUGUCCCACGGAGCUGCGGCGGCGUUGUGAAGAGGACGCUCAGCAGAUGGUGGAGCAGGGCAACUACCAGAGGGACGGACAGCCGAACGUGACGAAUCCCAGCCUCACGCAGCUCAUCUCCCGCCUAACUGCUCUGCUGCUGCAGAUAAAGUUGCUUUCAGAAUAACGUUGAGAUCCACGUGGGGCACAUCCAGAGCGGUCUGAGUCAGCUGGGUAAUCUGCACGCAUUCGCUGCCAACAACACCAACGCAGUCUGAGGACCUGCAUGCACUCAGAGCCGUGUGACGUGUUGACGUUCCUGAAAAUGGUGCUUUCACACAAACUGUUCAGAGACUAUUAAAAAAGACUGUUGUUGACAUUAAGAUCACCGAUUACCGGGGUCUUGAUGSUUUUCGUUCCCUCAGAUCUCAGCAAUUCCAUCUUUUUAGGUGUGGCUGCUGCAGCAACACACACACUCACAAAGCCUGCAUCACUGAUCUGAGUGUAAAAAUCUUAAGUUAAUGACUCUUUCCUAGAGAGAAUCUUCUUUUUUCAGUUUUGUAAAGUUGUAUAUGAAAGUGCCUCAGGGCAUUUGUACAUAAAUGUUUUCCUCUUGUUAUAUUAAACUUAAUAUUGCAACACA